CGCGCCCCCGCAGCGAUGAGGAGGACCCGCGACGAGGUGGACGCGACGCUGCAGAUAGCCAAGCUGAACCCCGCGGAGCUGCUGCCGGCCGUGCAGUGCCUGGGCUUCCGCCCCGGGGCCAGCGCCGCGGCCGCCGGCGACUUCUGCCUGCUGGAGCUGGAGCCCGCGCUGUGCCAGCAGCUGGAGGCCGGACGCAGUAUGGUGAUUCGUGGUGAUAAAGAUGAGCAGGCUGUGCUGUGCAGUAAAGACAAAACGUAUGACUUGAAGAUCGCAGACACUUCCAAUAUGUUGCUUUUAAUUCCUGGUUGUAAAACUCCAGACCAGCUGAAGAUGGAAGAAACCCACUGUAACAUUAUUCACCCCGAGAUCUUUGGUUUUUCUAAUAAUUAUUGGGAACUAAGGAGAUGUAGACCUAAAUUAAAGAAGUUAAAGAGACUUUUGAUGGAAAAUACCUACGAAGGACCUGACAGUCAAAAAGAAAAGGAUUCCAAUUGCUCAAAAUAUACAACUGAAGAUUUACUUGAUCAAAUUCAGGCCAGUGAGGAAGAAAUAAUGGCCCAAUUACAAGUUCUAAAUGCUUGUGAGAUUGAAGGUUUUUGGAGGAUUCUUGAGUUUGAUUAUGAGAUGAAACUUCUGAAUCAUGUAACUCAGCUUGUGGAUUCUGAAUCUUGGUCUUUUACUAAAGUCCCUUUGAAUGUAUGCCUGCAGGAACUUGGACCAUUAGAGCCAGAAGAAAUGAUCGAACACUGUCUGAAAUGUUAUGGAAGGAGAUAUGUAGAGGAAGGUGAAGUUUACUUUGACUUGAGCGCUGACAAAAUCUGCAGAGCCACAGCGCAGAUGCUGCUGCAGCAUGCAGUGAAGUUCAACCUCGCCGAGUUUCAGGAAGUGUGGCAGCAGAGUGUUCCCGAAGGAAUGCUAACCAGGCUCGACCAGCUGAAGGGUUUGGCCUUGAUGGAUAGGCACUCAAGACCAGAAAUCAUAUUUUUGCUAAAAGUGGAGGACUUACCUGAGGACACUCAGGAGCGUUUUAAUAGUCUCUUCUCUCUAAGGGAGAAGUGGACAGAAGAAGAUAUUGCUCCAUAUAUUCAAGAUUUGUGUGGAGAGAAGCAAACCAUAGGUGCAUUACUCACCAAAUAUUCUCGAUCUUCGAUGCAAAAUGGUGUUAAAGUUUAUAACUCGAGAAGACCCAUUUCUUAAAAGAAUGACAAUCUUUUCUUUGGGACUAAAGUUCCUUUAUAACGUCACUGGUUAUAAGAAAAAGAUUCUUUUAUGCAUUUGUAUUCCAGACUUUUGAAAACCUCAUGCUAUGAGGCAUUUUUCUCCUCAUCUUAAGCAUUUUGAAACUACUGCUCUUCUUUUUAAAAAUGUAAUAGGAUAUUUCUGUCUUUCAAUUUACGUUUGUAUUAGGUACACAGUGUAAACAAGGACAGAAGAAAAGUGUUAUUUCUUAU